AUGGCCAAGCUAUCCCUCUUGUUGUUAGCGUCGCUGGUCGCGGCCAAGUCGCCCGUCGUCGAUGUUGGCUAUACCAAGUACGAGGGUCGCUCACUGGCCAACGGCGUGUCGCAAUGGCUCGGAAUUAGAUACGCCGCGCCUCCGGUGAAUGACCUCCGCUUCGCAGCACCGCAAGAUCCCCUUCCGGAAAAGGGCGUUCAGCAGGCGACUAAGCACGGUGCUCUUUGCGUGCCAGUUGCGUCCCGCCUCAAUGAGUCAGUGCCCGCGGGGACGUCCGAAGAUUGCUUGUUCUUGGACAUUUAUGCGCCGACAGAUGCGUUCAAACAUGGGAAGAAAUUGCCGGUGUACUUCUUCAUUCAGGGAGGCGGGUUCGCAUCACUGUCUAACAACAACUACAACGGAACCGGCUUGAUCAAGGCUUCCGAUUCGAAUAUCGUAGUGGUCAACUUCAACUAUCGUGUCGGCCCAUAUGGAUUCUUGGCCAGUGAGGAAGUCGAGGCGCACGCUAGCCUUAACAAUGGAUUGAAGGAUCAGAUCAAAGCGCUUCAAUGGGUGAAGAAGCACAUUGGCAAGUUCGGUGGUGAUCCUCAUCACGUUGUGAUCGGCGGCGACAGUGCAGGUGGAGGCUCCGUCACUCUUCUGCUCUCCGCAUACGGAGGUCGCGAUGACAAACUGUUCGUCGGCGCUGCAGCCGAAUCCCAAAGCUUCGCAAACAUGCUGAACGCUUCUACGAGCCAAUUUGCCUAUGAUCGACUGGCUGCCCGCACAGGCUGCGACAAGAGUCUUGACUCUCUUGCCUGUCUGCGCAAGCUAGAUAUCAAUGCGCUCCAGGCUCAAAACAUCGUCUCGCCCUAUCCGGGCGCACCUGGUAAUCCACUGUACUUGUACGGUCCCACCGUCGACGGGGACCUCGUGCCCGACUAUACCCUGAAGCUUUUCAACGAGGGCAAAUUUAUCAAAGUCCCCGUGAUCUUUGGCGACGCGACCAACGAAGGAACCGUGUUUGUUCCCAAGAACACUUCCAGCGUCUCUAUGGCCGAUGACUUCCUCCGUAGUCAAUUCAACACCCUCACCGACUCACAACUCGCCAAGAUCAAUAGUAUCUAUCUCACUGAGAAUCAAACUCGCCAGUUCCCGAACGCAGGCCUCUACUGGCGCCCAGCAAGCAAUGCCUACGGUGAUCUGCGCUAUACUUGCCCCGGUAUCAGUCUCUCGUCCGCCUACGGACAGGCCGGUGUUCCGGGCUGGAAUUACCACUACGAUGUCAAGGACCCCAAGGCGGAAGCCAGCGGCGAGGGAGUCACACACACGGUCGAGAUUAAUGCGAUCUGGGGCCCCGAAAAUGUGCAUGGAGGGGCUCCAAAUUCGUAUUCCACGGUCAAUGCCAACAUCGUGCCCGUCAUGCAGGGCUACUGGACCAGCUUUGUACGAGCACUGAAUCCGAAUACGCAUCGGUACCCUGGUAGCCCGGAGUGGGCGACUUGGGGACAGGGCGAGGAGGCCUACCGGCGUAUUUAUCUUCGCACGAACCAGACUUAUAUGGAGACGGUGCCUUCUGCGGAACGGGACCGGUGUGCGUAUUUGCUGAGUCUUGGGGAGCAUCUGAGACAGUAG